AUGGAUUCCGCUAAGCAAAAUCUCGUAUCCGCUCUCUGUAAUCACCUCUCUAUCGACCCGAAGCCAUACGCCAGUGACUCGAGCAGCGACUUUAAGAGCCUGUGCGCAAGCAUUUUGACGAAUGGGGACGCUACUAAGCUGACGAAAUGGAUCGAGUUUGCCGACAGUUUUUUGGCGAAUCCCGAAGCAAGGAGUAAGGCUCUUGAAGAUUUGAAUGAGGAGUUGGUUACCAAAUCCGUUAUGAUGGGCAAUGGGUUGACGGUAUCUCCUGCCGACGUUAUUGUUUUUUCGGCAGUGCAUCCAUACAUGAUUGGCCUUUCAAGUACGGAUAAAGGCAAAUUGCCACAUUUGUCCAGAUGGGCCGAUUACGUCCAGAACAAGGAGGAUUUUGGAGAAAUUUUUGAGAAGAUUGUGCAUGAGAAGGCUCAAUUUGUCCCUCCAGUAUCGAAGUCUGUGAAGAAGGUAGAAGAUCCCAGUGCAAAGAAAAUUGUCCAAAAUGCAAAAGAGGCGGGUACUUCAGGAACAGACUCUAAAGGAAAGAAGAGUGCUGAUGCCCAAAAGAAGAAAGUUGAAGAGAGUCAAUCUACAGCAGAGAAGAAGAAAGGUACUGAAAAAGUGGCGGAGAGCAAAGAAGAAGCACUCAGCGUUAGUUUGCUUAAGAUACAGAUUGGUCAUAUUUGCAAAGCAUGGAAACAUCCAUCAGCCGACAGUUUGUUGGUCGAGGAGAUAGAUGUUGGAGAAGCAAAAUGCAGGCAAGUCGUUAGUGGUCUAGCCAAGUUUUGCACUCCGGAAGAACUAACGAACCGCCGAGUGGUACUCAUAACAAACGUGAAACCUGGGAAGUUACGAGACGUGAUGUCAGAGGGACUGGUGUUAUGUGCUUCGAAUAAAGACCAUACAAUUGUUGAGCCUCUACUUGCUCCAGAUGGUGCUAAAGUUGGGGAAUGUGUUACGUUUUCUGGACAUGAUGGUAAGCCAGAAGAGGUUUUAAACCCCAAAAAGAAGCAAUUGGAUAAAAUAACCCCGAAUCUUUUCACCGAUGAUAAGGGUGUUGCCACAUUCAAAGAAGUCCCUUUUAUGACUUCCUCGGGACCUUGCACUUCUUCUCUUCCCAAUGCAAGCAUCAAAUGA